AUGCAGCUUUCCCUGAAGCAAAACCGGGUUGCUCUGGGCGCCUCUGCCCGCCGGACGGCCGUGGCCGUCCGCACCCCCGUGCGUCUAUGCAAGUGGGACCGCGUCGAGAACAAGACCGGUGUGCUGCUCUACAGCUUUGGCGCCCUGACCGCAGUGUGGCUGGCCAGCACCAUCGUGUCGGCCGUCAACACCCUGCCCCUGGUCCCCAAGCUGUUUGAGCUGGUGGGCCUGACCUACACCUCGUGGUUCGCCUACCGCUACCUGCUCUUCCAGGAGACCAGGGACGAGCUCGUCAGGGAUGUGGAGGAGCUCAAGCAGAAGAUCACCGGCGGCAACCUCAAGUAG